UCUCUCCUCUCUGUAAACCCAUCUCUCUCUCUCUCUUGAACCAUUUCACAUUCAUUCUUUUCUUCCCCCUUUAAAUCACGAGAUCCCCGUCUCUGUUCUUCCUUUUUUUCUUGUGUUUCUUCUUGUAAAUCCAUCGGUGAUUGUCUUUUAAUCGUACCCACUUCCAUUUUCACCUAAAAAGAUUGUGGGUUACUCAUCAAGUUUCAAUCUUUACACCUUAAUCUUCAACAACUUUUUUCCAAAAUGGUAUAAAGCUUGAAUCUUUACACCCCUAAUCUUGUUCAAGAUUCUGGGAAACUGAUAAAGUUUCAAUCUUUACACAAAACCAACAUUUUUUUUUCAAGAUUUACCAAAAUGUCACACAAACCCAUAUCCGAAUUAGGGUUUAAAACACUCUCCGAUCGGUUCCAGAAAUCGGUCACGUGCGACGGCGAUGAUACCAAUAAACCCGACUUUCGUGAGCUUGAUUUGGGUCUAGGUCCGGGUUCGGCUUCGCCCAUUUCCCCUUUACGGGUCGGACCCACGAUUAGUUCCAGUUCCAGCUCAUCCGGGUCGGUUUCGGGUCGGAUCGGAGUUGGGUCCGGUGGGACUAUUAACCACCAACACCACUCCGGUGAGUUGACGGUUGACAGUUCACCGACAUUUUCAGUUGGUGGGUCUCGGGUCGUUAAAUCGGGUCAUGCACAUACCCGACCCGAUUCGGGUACAUCCUCCGCCACUUCUCCGGCGAUGAAUGUACUUCCGGCAGGAAACAUUUGCCCUUCGGGUCGGGUUUUGAAAACGGGUAUGAUGUCAAACCGGAGCUCCAAACCCGAGGUUUUGAGUUUAGGAUCCGGUAAUUAUGGUCAUGGUAGCAUAAUGCGUGGCGGGUCGGGUACGGGUACAGGUACAGGUAAAACCGACACUCAUGUGCCGGUGAGUUCGAACUCAAGAAGAAUGUCAAUGGAUCCGGAAGAGUUGAAGAGGUUAGGGAAUGAAGAGUACAAAAAGGGGCAUUUUUUAGAGGCAUUGAGGUUGUAUGAUAAGGCAAUAGGAUUAUCGCCUGCGAAUGCGGCCUACCAUUGUAACCGUGCAGCCGCAUUGAUGGGAUUGAAGAGGUUGAGUGAGGCAGUUAAGGAAUGUGAUGAGGCUAUAAAACUUGAUUCUGGUUAUGUUAGGGCUCAUCAUCGGUUAGGGUCGCUUCUUGUUAGUUUAGGGCAGGUUGAAAAUGCAAGGAGACACCUUUAUUUCAAAGGGUACCAACCCGAUCCGAACGAGGCCCAAAAGUUGCAGCUCGUCGAAAAACAUUUGAAUAAGUGCACUGAUUUAAGACGGGUCCGAGACUGGGGCAAUGUGUUAAAAGAAUCCGAUGCUGCGAUCGUAUCUGGAGCGGAUGCUUGUGCUCAGCUAUUCGCAUGCAAAGCCGAAGCGUUAUUGAAGCUCCAUCAGUUAGACGAUGCAGAUUCGGUUAUUUCACAUUUGCCGAAAUUCGAAGCAAGUAAUAGCAGCCUGUCGUGUUCGCAAAUGAAGCUAUUCGGGAUGCAAUCUGAGGCGUACGUUUUGUUCGUUCGCGCUCAGAUUGAUUUGUCAUUGGGAAGAUUUGAGAACGCGCUUACUUCUAUCGAGAAAUCAGGACAUAUCGAUCCAAGGAACGUUGAGGUUGCGGUUUUGCUUCAAAACAUAAGAUCGUUGUGUAAAUCUCGAGCUCGUGGAAAUGAGUUGUUUAAAUCAGAAAGAUAUACGGAAGCUUGUUCGGCUUACGGUGAUGGACUUAAAUCCGAUCCGUCAAAUCCAAUUCUAUACUGCAAUCGGGCAGCUUGUUGGUUUAAACUCGGGCAGUUUGAAAGGUCUCUUGAUGAUUGUAAUCAAGCUCUUCUUAUUCAUCCACAUUAUACAAAAGCACUUCUUCGACGAGCCGCCACUUUUAGCAAGCUUGAAAGGUGGGCUGAAUCGGUAACAGAUUACGAGGUCUUGAGGAGAGCGCUUCCAAACGAUAACGAUAUAGCGGAAUCUUUAUUUCAUGCUCAAGUUGCAUUAAAGAAAUCACGAGGCGAAGAAGUGUAUAAUUUGAAAUUCGGCGGUGAAGUUGAAUUGAUUAAUGAUCUCGAGCAGUUCAAAGCCGCAGUCGUUACAACCGGCGCUUCGGUUGUUCUUUUCAAAACCGCAUCGGAUCUUCAAUGCAAGCAGAUAUCCCCGUUUCUUGAUACCUUAUGCAAGCGAUAUCCGUCUAUAAAUUUUCUCAAGGUUGAUAUAGAAGAGAGCCCGACAAUAGCGAAUGUAGAGAACGUAAGAAUUGUACCGACAAUCAAGAUUUACAAAAAAGGUAACCGAAUGAAGGAGCUCGUAUGUCCGUGUAGAGAAGCAUUGGAAUCGUCUGUCCGUCAUUACAGCUUCUAAAUCAAUCCAACGGUUAGUUUUCGGUUGAUGAAGGGAAGGGUAGAACCGUAAUUUCACCACCUCCAAUCAUCGAUUAGGGGCGUAAUGGUAAUUUUCCCCUUCCAAUCAUGGACCUUCUGUCUCAGUACUACAUAAAAACACAAUAAUGUUAUAUUAUCAAGAGCCAAAUUUCAAAGCCAGUGCCAGUAGGAACAAACAAGAGAGGGUUAGAUUAGUAAUUUACAUUUAUUCACCACCAUAGCUCUUAAGGAUUUAUAGAAAGCCCCCCCUCAUUCUUUACUUAUCAAAAUGUUAGCUUUUUUUUUUAGAAUUCCCAUUUUACCCCCUUUAUUAUCAUAAGUAGUCUAUCAUCCAUCCUAUGUUCUGUUGUGUCAUCUUCCAUUUCAGAUAUCAUGAUGUACCAAUGUAAAUUACAAAAGGGCUCUUGUUAUGGAUAUGGUGGAUAUAUGCCCUUUGUGUAUAUAUGUGAAGAUGAAGAUAUAUACAAAAAAGUACAAACAUAGAAGAGAAAAAGAGUAAUUUUGGAGGAAGAAAUUGGAUGUGUAGGCCUUAGUUGUACUGGAUUAGUAGUUAUACUUUGGGGGAUUUUUAUUUUGUUAAACCAUUUCUUCAAUAAAAGAUUUAUCUUUUUUUUUUA